UUCUCGCUAAUCCCGUUAUAUUGAAUUUUAAAAAACCACCGGCGAUUUAUUUUUUAUACCCUCGAUAAACAUGAUUUUAUGAAGUUAUCACAAAAAUCAGUGAUGAUUGAGUGUCACAGGAUUAUAAUAUUGGGGAAUUGUGAAAAUUAAUGAAAUGUGCUGUCAACCAAGUCAUAUGAGAAUCACUUUUUGGUUUAGUUCUCCAAUAAUUUCGAGGUUAUAUUUACACUAGGCUGAAAGCUCAAAAUUUAUUUUGUAAUUUCGAUUCUAAAUUCUAAUAAUCGAGCGUACAAAAAAUGUUGAAUCGUCAAUUAUAUCAUCUCAGAAAGAUGACGAUAAUACGAUCAUACAAUACCAAUGGUAUGACUCACAAAAGCUCGAGAAUUAUUAGAAAAGAGUUUUUGGAGUAUUUUACAAAAGAUCUUAAUCACACAUACGUCCCAUCCAGUCCGGUUUUACCGAUGAAUGAUCCCACUCUAUCAUUCGUUAAUGCUGGCAUGAACCAGUUCAAAGGAGUUUUCUUAGGCCAUCACAAUCCUCCUGCUGUGCGAGUAGCAAAUUCACAAAAAUGCAUCAGAGUUGGUGGCAAACACAACGAUCUAGAAACUGUAGGACUGGAUACCUAUCAUCAUACUUUCUUCGAGAUGCUUGGAAACUGGUCGUUUGGUGAUUAUUUUAAGGCAGAGGCUUGUGAAUACGCUUGGAAUUUAUUAACAGGACCUUAUGGCCUGAAGAAAGAACAUUUGUAUGUGACAUAUUUCGCAGGAGAUGAGAAGCUCGGUUUCGAGGCUGAUCUCGAAUGCAAGGAAAUAUGGCGUCGCCUAGGAGUUCCCGACGACCGAUUAUUGCCUUUUGGAUUGCAAUAUAACUUUUGGGAAAUGGGUUUAAGCGGACCGUGCGGUCCAUGCACAGAGAUUCACGUUGACCACACAAUGCAAACGAGCAACCAAUCAUCACGAGUAAACAAGGGUUAUCACGAUCUCACGGAAUUGUGGAAUUUAGUGUUUAUUCAAUACCAAAGAUUCAACGAUGGUCCGAUCGUGGCUCUGGACAAAUAUCACGUCGAUACGGGAAUGGGCUUCGAGAGAUUGGUCACCAUAAUUCAAGGCAAAAGGUCCAAUUACGAUACCGAUCUUUUUACUCCGUUGUUCGAAGCCAUUGAAAAACUUUGUCAUUGCCCAAAGUACGGGGGACGCUUCGGUGAAGCUGAUAAAAAUUCCAUCGAUACUGCCUACAGAAUUCUCGCUGAUCAUGCAAGAAUGAUCACAGUUGCUCUUGCAGAUGGAAUGAUUCCUGAAUACAAUCCCAAAUUACGAAAAGUUUUGCGGAAAGCCAUAACGGUGGGGGAAGAUAUUUUUCACCGAAGUGAUAUCCUUUGCGAAUUGACACAUCACGUUGCCGAGAAUUUAGGUGACGUAUAUCCGGAAAUAUCGAAAAAUUUGCCACAGAUUCAACAGAUAAUCAAGUAUGAACAAGACGUAAGAAAAUCGUUGAAGAAACACUCCGGAGCUCAAUGGCAAACAUUAGUUGAAUCUCGUCCAGCGUUGGCGAAAGUAAGCGAUUCGACCGCACCGGGAUUGGUCGGUGCAUACAGAGAUCUUCAAAAUACUCUUGCAGAUUUACGAAAAACUGGAAUUUUAAAUGGAGAUUUUGCUGUCAAACUUUACGACACGUACGGACUUGCUCCAGAAACUAUAUCCGAACUCGCAUCCAUCGAAUCUCUGUCAUUCGAGAAAAAUGACUUCUUCCAAGCUCUGGAAAACAUUAAAAUGGGAUCGAAGAUCGCAACUGGACAAGCGCAACAAAAUCUCCUUUCGCCAACUUCUCUGCGUUUAUUAGAAUCGAAAAAAGUAAAGAAAACCGAUGAUAAAUACAAAUAUCGCUACACAUUCAAUGAAAAUAGCUACGAAUUUCCUCCUGUUGACUCAAAACUUAUGGGAUUCGUCGUCAAUGGUAAACUUAUUUCGGAAACGGAACCAAUGGCCUUUGACGAAGACCGAGCGAUCCUGAAAGGUACGGUGGCUCAAAGUGGCAAAGUCGUUGGAGUGAAUUCCAUCAUUGACGCUACAACUGAAAUAGGAAUAAUACUCGACAAAACCCCGUUUUAUUCGCCCGAGGGAGGACAAUUGUCGGACAAGGGUUUUAUAAAAAUCGGAACUCUUUUAUUCCACGUAGAGAAAGUUUAUAAAAUGCGUGGCUACGUUAUCCAUGUCGGGCAUUUCGUUACGUGGGAUACAGAAAGUUCCGAAGCUGAAUUACAGGCAGGAGACGAUUGCGUAGUUACAAUAGACGGGUUGAAUCGGACUGCGCUCAUGAGAAAUCACACCGCAACUCACUUGUUGAACGCUGCAUUGAGAAAAGUCCUUCCCAUUAUUUCGCAACGGAGUAGCCUCGUUUCAAAAGAAAAUCUCAUGUUUCAAUUCAACAUUUUUGGAGAACAAGUCAACACCGAACACGUCGCAAAUAUUGAAAAAUUAAUCAACGACUGCGUGGGAAAAGACAUACCUGUGGAUACGAAAAUUGUAAAUAUGGCCGGUUUGCUGGCUGAAAAAAAUCUUACGAUUAUUCCUGGAGAAGUUUACCCGGAUACGGAAAUUCGAAUUGUCGAAAUCGACGGCGAAAACUUAAAAUCAAAAGAAGCCUGUUGUGGAACCCACGUUCACAAGACUGGAGUGUUGGAGCAUUUUUGUGUUCUGAGCAUGAAAAGUCAAGGAACAACGAGCCGCACAAUUAAAGCGGUUGCUGGCCCGUUGGCUCGUCUAGCUCGCCUCGCUGGUGAAAAUGCGAAACAAGAAGUGGUCGAAAUUGAGGAGGCUUUACAAAAGGGACACAUGCAACCGAACAUAGUAGCGCAAAGAAUCGAUGAAACUAAACGUCGGUUCAAAAAUCGGUCGGAGAACAAACUGAUGUCGUAUCUCGCGACUGAAGAGUGUAUCGAGAAGCUCAAUGAUUUGCUCAAAAUAUUGCACACUCGUGAAAGUGAAAAUAUGAAAAAUUCUUUGGAAGCUGAGAUGAAAAACGUAGUUUGUACCACAACGAUGCCGUUCGUCGUUCACUGUCUCCAGCCCAUAAAUACAACAACACUGGAAGACGUCUCGUUGGAGCGCGUUACAAACUUAUGUACAAAAACUCCGGUUCUCGUGAUCGCUCAUACGAGUGGAAAGGUCAAAGCGCGUUGUUGCGUACCAAAGGAAAUGAUAACGAGUUCGUUCAAUGCUGAAUCCUGGAUGAAUAUUAUCGUGCCGAUCUUCAGAGGUCAAGCCACUGCCCCUAAAGGCGAAGAUCCCGCCCUCGUUCGUCACAUGAGAGUAGCGCGGGUGCCAAAAAAGAAGCUUUCGUUUUUGGUGGACAAGGCGAUAAACGCAGCUACUAAAUUCGCGACCAUCAACAUCAAUGAAACUAAACACGAAAACAGUUAAGACAAAAGUUUCGACGAGUUGUUUGAAAAUUGACGAAGAAAAAUGAAAUUUUGCUUACAAACUGUUCGGUGUUUUAUAUUUAUACUUUACACUAUAUAAAAACGAUUCUAUCAAUAA